UUGGAGGGAGUAUUAAAAUAAAAGCAAUCAGCAACCUGGAAACUAUCUGUGAAGGAAACUCAGAGCCACUGUUCUGUGAAUUUGGCGACAAUGGCGGUGGAUCAAACCCUUGAAAUCUCUGAUUCUUCAUGCCAGGACGACGACAAUGGCGUCAUUAGAACUGGAACAAUUAGAACAGCCAUAGCUCACAUCAUCACUGCAGUCAUUGGCUCUGGUGUGCUGUCCCUGGCAUGGAGCACUGCUCAGCUUGGAUGGGUUGCUGGUCCUGUUGCCAUGUUUUGCUUCGCCAUUGUCACCUAUGUGUCUGCUUCCCUCCUCUCCGAUUGUUACAGGGCCCCUAAUUGUGUUACUGGUGUUAGGAAUCGUUCUUACAUGGAUGCUGUUAGAGUGACCUUGGGUAGGAAGCAAACUUGGAUUUGUGGAUGGCUUCAGUAUAUUAGCAUGUUUGGCACUGCUAUUGCUUAUGUUAUUACCACUUCAAUUGGUAUGAGAGCUAUUCAGAAAUCUAAUUGUUAUCAUAAAGAAGGGCACAAAGCUCCUUGUGAAUAUGCAACUUAUCACUAUAUGUUGGCAUUUGGAGGAGUUCAGGUUGUGUUUUCUCAGAUUCCUGAUUUUCAUAACAUGGAGUGGCUGUCUAUUGUUGCUGCUGUAAUGUCAUUCUGCUAUUCCACCAUUGGAUUUGGCCUUGGGGUUGCCAAAGUGAUUACGAAUGGAACAAUUAAAGGGAGUAUCAAAGGAGUUCCAAUGCCUACCAUGGCACAGAAAGUCUGGCGCAUUUCCCAGGGAUUGGGAGACAUUGCAUUUGCCUAUCCAUACUCCCUUAUUCUCCUUGAGAUUCAGGACACACUGAAGGCUCCACCAGCUGAAAACAAGACCAUGAAAAAAGCAUCCAUGGCCUCCAUUCUCAUCACUACAUUCUUCUACCUCUGUUGUGGAUGUUUCGGUUAUGCAGCAUUCGGAAACACUACACCUGGAAAUCUCCUGACCGGAUUCGGAUUCUACGAACCCUACUGGCUCGUCGACUUUGCCAAUGUGUGCAUUAUUAUUCACCUAGUGGGAGGAUAUCAGGUUUACAGCCAGCCAAUAUUCGCAUUCUUCGAUCGAUGGUCCACCAAGAAAUUCCCAAACAGCUGGUUUAUCAACAAGGCAUACACAAUCAAACUCCCUGGCCUGCCACCUUACAGAUUGACACUCUUCAGAUUAUGCUUCAGAACAUUGUUUGUUGCAUCGACAACAGGAAUUGCAAUGAUCUUCCCUUACUUCAAUGAUGUGUUGGGCAUUUUGGGUUCUCUGAACUUCUGGCCUCUGGCAAUCUACUUCCCUGUGGAGAUGUACUUUGUGCAAAGAAAUGUAACCCCAUGGAGUAAGAAUUGGAUCAUUCUUCAGACUUUUAGCCUUGCAUGUUUGCUUAUUAGCCUUUUUUCUUUAAUUGGUUCAGUGCAAGGACUUAUUAGUGAUAGACUUACCUAGAAAUUGAUUUAGUUUCAUUUCCAUAGUUAAAGAAUGUUGUUACUCUGUAUAUGAUGUCACUUGUAGUUUCAUCCCCUGAUAUUAUAAAUUGGGGAGUGUGAUUAUUUGGUAGA